UAUCAGUAUUUCACAAAACUCGUGAGCUCAGCAUUCUGACCAAAACACCAACACAUUAUCUUGUGGAAUAUACAGGAAGCAAAACUUACCAAGUAAGAACAGAGAUUUCUGUAGAUUCAAAACAUGGCCUCCUAUCAGGUACAGUAUGGAACCAGGAGACAAAGUUGCCACUGCUGUUGUUAUUGGAUCUGGGACAGAGACCGAGAUGAUUCAAAUGAAAACCAGUAGAGAGACAUCAGAGUCAUCACGUGAAGCAUCAACAAAACCACCAACUCAACAUACAGGGCAGCCAUAUUCCUCGAGCCUACCUACCACCAGACGUCCUGCCAAGAGGAAAAGGACAACAAAUACACCAAUGAGGCAAUCCAAAACCUCCAGAAUAGUACCACUCUCCAAAACUGCAUCAUCUGAAUCAACAACCAGACCAUCAGCGUCUACCUCUAGAACUGCACCAUCUGAAUCAACAGCCAGACCAUCAGUGUCUACCUCUAGAACAGCACCAUCUGAAUCAACAACCAGACCAUCAGUUUCUACCUCUAGAACUGCACCAUCUGAAUCAACAACCAGACCAUCAGUUUCUACCUCUAGAACUGCACCAUCUGAAUCAACAACCAGACCAUCAGUUUCUACCUCAGUACCACCAACAUCACUUACACAAACACAACCAACUACAACAAUGUAUCCAGGUUCUAGUUUUCCUGAUGAAGACAAGAUUAUUAAGUUGUUACAUGUUAUAAUAGAGCAAAAUACCAAACUUGAACAUAAACUAGAAGCCAUAAACAGACGUCUAAUGACCAAUGAAGCCAAACAGAAUACAAUGAUAGACCUAUUGCAAAGAUGUGACAAGUUCCUGGAAUAUGAAACAUGAGAGAUUUCUUUUUACUUCUUCAUCAUAUUGAAGACUUGAGUUUAACUUGCUGCAAACUGAUCACAAGAUAACUAGUUUUCUUAUCAAACAAAGAUCAUUCACCUAUUGUUAUUUUUAUAUAUUACAGUGAAAUAAAUAA